GCCAUCAAUCAUCACUUUGCUCUCUCUCGUUCUCUUCUCUUUGCUUUCCUUUCUUUUUCUCUCUCUCUUCUCUCUCUCUUUCUCUUCUUCCUUGUCCUUCUUCUUUUUCCUUUUCUUCUUUUACUAUCAAAGCAAGCAGACAAAGAAACACAACACAACACACGGCAAAUGAAUAAGGAAGCCUUUGUCACCCAACUCAGCUUUCAUUUCUCCCCGGCAUCUGCGCACAUCCUCCCACUCCAGGACAUACGGCAGCGGCUACGCGGUAUAUGGGACUCGCUGACAUGGCCCGUGAUAAAACGUAUUCUCAAGGCUGAUCUGGCCGUUACACUUAUCUUUGCGCUGCUGUUUGUGGAACCGGUGCGACAAUACACCGAAUAUGGACUCAUCCUGGCCCAGGUGGCUGUGGAAUUCAUCCAUCCUGCCAAAUCCUAUGGUUCCGUUGGCGAGGAUAUCGUGUUUGGAUCCAUCAUGUGCAGUGUCUCUGCAGCAUGGUCGCUGCUCGGUACCUACUGUGCCUCGCUCCUCCGUGAUCCAUCGAAUCCAGAAAUGGCACAGCCCAGAGUCGCAGGCGUGCUUGUUGCUUUCUUGCUGGUCGGCGCAUUCGUUCUAAACUAUUGUCGUGUCAAAAUCGACCAAUGCAAUGUGGGAGGAAUGCUGUCUGCCACAAUCCUAGUCAUCAGCCUCACAACAGCUAUCGUUGAUCGCCAGUGGCAACCAUGGCAUGUGCUGCAGAAUUUCUUUUCGAUCCUGAGCGGACUCGUGAUAGUAUUCAUCAUCUGCAUUGUCGUGUGGCCAGAAAAUAGCACCAAAAUUUAUGUGCAGCAAUUAGUCAAAACCUUAGAGACGUUCGACAGCAUAGCGCAGCGCCAAGUCGACGGCUUCCUGCAUAUCAACGCAACGCCUCGGGAACAAUACAUUUACCCAUCUCGCAGCAGCCAUUCAGCUCCCCCAGAACCGCUUGCAGCCGUGCAUCGCUCCAUCGAUCAGCACUUGCUCUCUCUCGUCCAGAUCAAACGUGUCGUCCGUCGCGAAGCCUCGUUCAACUACAUGGCUCCACGCGACGUCAGCGACAUGACCCGCUUGGUGAAAAAGAUGCGUGUCCCGCUGCAGGGUGUCAGCAUGAGUCGGACGAUGGAGGAGAAUAUGCGCAAGGCGCAGACGCGUCGACAUAUUGCCAAUCGUCUCAAGAAAUUUGCUGCACAAGACAAUUUAGAUCCGAUCAAGACCCCGCAGCAGGAACGCAUGAGUUAUAGCGGCCAGAGUUUCACCACGAUGGGCAGCGACAACGCCGCAAAUGACUCGGGGGAUGAAGGACCCUGUUGGGACAACAAUGGCAGUUGUGAUAGUAGCAGUAGCAGCAGCAGCAGCAGUGAUAGCUCCGACGACGACGAUGAUCAUGAUGAUGAUCAUGACGCUGAUUAUGACGAGAAAAAAGACCAUGCUCCUGCAGCACAGAGAUCAGGAAGGACGACGACGAGUAGUGAUAUGCCCGGUCGGCCCUCAACAUCGACAGCUGCAACGCUUCACAAUGGUACCAUCAACGGCGGUGACGGUGUCCGGAAAUACAGCGAGGAUGGCGGGAUUGCAGGGAGUGGUAUCGACAUCGACAGCGGAAACAACACGCCCGACCACCAGCACAUCACCAUCAGCGUACCCGAAGACGAGGCGACAUUUACAGGGAGCACAUGGCGACGCGAAUACGACGAUGUCAUCAAGACGGUCCGACCCAUCUACAGCGAACUAUCACAGGCAUGUUCCACCGCCAUCCAUGAAUCAACACAACGCCUAUACCGAAUGCAGCACAUUGAUCCACGAUACCAAAACAAGCCGUUUCUGUACCGCCUUUUCGCAUGCGACAAGACCACGCCCGGUUCCGUCAGCGACAUGGACCCGUCCGUGCCAUUAAUACGAGCAAUCCAGAAAUUCGAUGCGCACCGUCUACGAGGACUCGAGCGUCUAUACCACAACAACAACGGCCACGGUGAGCAACAACCCAUCCCACGUCGCAUUCUGUUCUUGCUGCUCCAUUUCCAAUUCAAUCUGCGCGGCUAUGCCGAACGCGUCUACACACUCUCAUCGCUUAUUUAUGAGAUGGAUCAGGCGCGCAAGCGACGACGCAUGUGGCUUCCGCAUCUUUCCGUGCGAAAAUGGUUCAGACACCGGAAUUCAGAGGCAGAUGUUGGACUCGAUCCACCCGCUGCGGUUGUUGCCGAGAACAAUCUCCAUCAUCCAUCCGUGGCAGGCGGGUUACAACGCUCGUUAUCGCGACGCACAACGACGAUUUUGAAUACAAUGACGAUUGAUGCGCUGGUGGCUGAACAGGAGCAGCAGCACGAGGCUGACGUCGAAGAAGAACGCGCGGGCCAUUUGGCCAUACCGGUGCGUGGCAAGUUGUCGCAUUCGAAACGAAAACGAAAGAGCUCGGCAGCCGCAGCGGUGGCGACCAUGGCUGCGCUGGAUAAUCAGGCACUCGAUCCGGCCAUGUACCACGAUCCCGAUGUGGCCUACCCGACAACACGUAUCCAGCGUACGUUUUUCAAAUGGUGGAUGUUUUAUAAGAAUUUCAUCUGCUCUGCCGAUACGGUCUUUGCUUUGCGUGCUUGUAUUGUCGUCAUGGCAUUGACACUGCCGGGCUUUGUCGAAGAGUCCAUCGACUGGUAUCUACGAGCACGUGGCCAAUGGGCUGCUGUCGUUGCGCUCGUUUGGAUGGGGCCCUCUGUUGGCAGUAACUUUUUCGGGUUGAUGGUUCGCACCGUAGGCACAUUUGUAGGCGCCAUCUGUUCACUCUUGAUCUGGGAGAUCAGUCAAACCAACCGUGCUGCCAUGAUCAUUUUGGUCUUUCUAUUCAAUUUGCCCUGGUGGCUGAUUUAUCUGAAUGGCAAGUUUUGGAAGGCUACGGGCCUCUUUUCCCUCAUCACAACGUCUAUCAUUGUCGGUUACGCACACAACUACAGGAUGUCAGGCCGUGACAUUUCUGUGUUUGAAGUCACUUAUGAGAGAACCGUUGCUGUGCUUGCUGGAGUAGUUGCGGCACUGGUAAUCAGUAUAUUCCCAUAUCCUCGUACAGGCCGAGUCGAACUACGACAUCGAAUCUCUCGAACACUCGGCGACGCCGCUGCACUCUACUCCUCCUUCCUUGCGCUACUGCUCAAGAACGGCUACCACGAAACCGAAAUCCGCAUGAGCAACCGCAAAGUGUUUCGCACGGUCGCUGCUGAAAUACGCAAACAGAUCAAAGGCCAGCGUGUUCUGCUCGAACAAAGUCGGUUUGAACCUGCGUUGCGAGGGGUUUUCCAAGAACACAAGUAUAUCCAAAUCUUACAAGUACUCGAUAACUUGGUCAACUUGAUGAUUGAGAUGGAAAAUGCUUUGGAACGGAUCCAUGAAAGCUGGCGUAUCGAAUUGGUGCGCGAUACGUGGAAAGAACGAAAGAAUGCAAUCGCAUCUUUUUUGACGGCACUCUACGUAGGAGCCAAUGCUCUCAGUAACAAGACGCCAUUGCCGCCGUAUGUGCUACGACCGACGCGGGCACGUCGUAUAUUGACAAACAAGGCACGCCUGAUACCCAAUCUACUGCCUGAACGGCUGGCAGAUCCAGAAUAUACCUACUACAGUGCUUAUUUGAUGUGUUCCGAACAACUGGCUGUUGAAAUCGAAUUACUAAUAUCUACAAUUCGUGAUCUUGUAGGACCUGACAGUGUCAGUGUCUGGCUUGAUUAUCGCCAUUAAAAAAAAAGGCAUCCAUUCUUACUCUUUUCUAAAAUGUGUAUAGUUUUCAAUCAUAUAUCCGUUCACCCUUAUAUUCAUCCAUCACCACUAUCAUCUUACUUCAUCAUUGUUCAUCUGUCAUCAUUUUCUCUCUCAAAUAAAAUAAAUAAAUAAAUGAAGCAUGUCAAAAUAGCUAUAAUAAAAUCGAGAUAUAGUAUAGUAUAA